AUAACCCAUUGACAGAUUAUCAAAGUUCCCACUCCUCAUCUACUCAUGAAUUUUCCGAUUUGAGUUCCCAUCCCAAAUUAAGGAUAUUAAAUUCUGGCCAAACAGCAAAUGAAAAUAAGAAUGAUGACCUUUCUCCCGAACCUGAUUUCAAAGAUUGCCUUGAAAGAGUUGACUUAAAUGACAAGCUGCUUACUCCAAGACAAAAACAAUCUAUCAUCGGGUUUGGUCGCAAAUUGACGAAGAUGAUUAAGACCAGUGGGGACCAGGAUAUACGUAAGUUGAAAAAAGAAGCUUUUUUGGAAUCAAACUACGACACGACUCUGCCUAAACUAUCUUUUAAACAAGCUGUAUUAACAUUUAAGGAUUUGACUUAUAUCAUUCCGGCUCACAGGAAGCACUUUUGGAAACCUAAAUUACCACCAUUCGUCGUACUCGACCAUGUUAGUGGCAUAUUUACUCCCGGGGUUAAUGCGAUAAUGGGACCAAGUGGCGGUGGCAAAACUUCCUUGCUAACGGUGCUAGGAGGAAGAAGGGAUAUAGAUACAGUCGAAGGAACGAUUUUGAUGAAUGGAAAACCGAUAUCAAAAAAUUUCUUGAACGAAUCUGGAUUCGUGACGCAAGAAGAUAUUAUGAUGGGAACUUUAACCGUCCGUGAAAAUAUAAUGUUCUCUGCAUCCUUAAGAUUGAGCACCAAAAUUGCGACACGCAAAAAGAAGAUCAUGGUAGAAAGAGUCAUCCAAGAGUUGAAUCUAUAUAAAUGCGCUGAUACAAAAGUUGGAACGGAGUUAAUCAGAGGCAUAUCAGGAGGCGAAAGAAAACGUUGCAAUAUAGGAAUUGAAUUAGUCACGAUCCCAAGCAUACUUUUUCUAGACGAACCUACAAGUGGAUUAGAUGCUUCUACCGCCGUUACUGUAGUCUUACUAUUAAAAAAAUUAUCUGAUAAAGGCUGCAACAUUAUAAUGUCCAUACAUCAACCUCGUUACGAUAUUUUUAAAGCGUUUAAUAAUUUGAUAUUACUAUCCUCUGGUCAAAUAGUGUACCAUGGAUUAUCAUCUCAGGCGUUGGAUUAUUUUUCAGCCAUAGGUUUUGAGUGCGAAGUUCAUAACAAUCCUGCUGAUUUUUUUUUGGAUGUUGUAGAAAAAAAUUCUAAAAGAAUCAUCAAAGAUGAGGAUGGCCAUAUAAAAGAUAUGGGUGAUGAUGAAAACGCUGGUUAUCAUGGUAUGCCAAAAGUAGACUUAGCAAUGAAAUACGAUAAGUCUUUACCAUAUACUAAAGUUCAAUGCGCACUAAAAGAAAUAGAUAAAAUAAAGCCGGAAUUAAAAAAGCAGAAUUUUAUUCGUAAAUUAACGAAAAAAGGCCGAUCUACCAUGUACUCCACUAAUUUUUGUGAACAGUUCGGAGUCGUUAGUCGAAGAACUAUUAUGAACAUAAUCCGAAAUCCCCAACCCGUUUUGGUGCAGUCUUUCACCAUGAUUAUGUACUCGUUUAUAGUCGGCUUCAUUUAUUUCCACGUGGACAACUCAAUUAAAUUUGGCUUACAAAAUAGAAUCGGAGCCCUCUUUUUUAUAUUAAUGAAUCAAGUGUUUGGAAAUUUGUCGGCUAUCGAAUUAUUUAUGAAGGAAAGAGUUUUAUACGUGCACGAGACUACCAAUGGUUUUUACAGGGUAUCCGUUUACUUUUUAUCAAAAUUAUUAUGCGAUUUGAUACCUAUGCGUUUUGUACCAGUUUUAUUAGUUUCCAUCAUUGCAUAUUGGAUGAUAGGAUUGAAACGUUACGCUGGAAAUUAUUUUAUUUUUAUUCUGAGUUUAAUUUGCCUAACCACAUCGGCCAGUAGUAUGGCGUUAUUAGCCAGCGUCUCUUACGAUACUAUAGGGGUUGCUACGAAUUAUUGCGGUCUAGUUUUCGUAUUUAUGAUGGUAUUUGGUGGACUUUUCGUAAAUCUUCAAUCUAUCUCCCCAAAAAUACGAUGGUUAAAAUAUUUCAGCAUAUUUAGAUAUGCAUACAAUGCACUAUUGAUUAAUGAGAUUAAAGAUGCUUCGUUUUGCGGUGCAGAAAAGAAUUUUGUUAGCAAUGGCACGGAAGAACCUGCUUGUGUUUAUGGUAACAAUUACCUAGAAUCACAGGGUAUCCCUUAUAAAACACGUUGGAAUUUGUGGAGCAAUCAUUUUGCCUUAUUCUGCAUGAUUCUUAUUUUUUGGUGUUUUUCUUACAUCCAAUUAAGGCGUCUGCGAAAAAAUGCUAAAUAG